GCAGAGAGUAGUAAUUAUUUAUGCUUUUCUAUUUGAGAUAUUCUUUUUCUUUUCUUUUCCCGUUAAUCAAUGAAGGCCAGUAAACUGUGUGACUCAGGGAAAGAGCUGAGAGAUACGAAUCGCAGGGCAAACUACCGAAGAAAAAACACAUUCUUCACACACUCGAGGUGCCAGUUCCAACGCUUGAAAUAGGACCAUAACGUUGUUUCCAGGAAAAUAGGAAACGAUGGUUUGAUACAUUGAGGAGCUGUGAGGCCUUGCCUUUCUCCAUUACUCAAAAGCAGUGAACACUUUGGGAGGGUUAUUCUGCUAAAAAAAUGGUGCAAAAUUCGAUAAACCCUUUGGUGACUUCUAGAAGCAGUGUUUUGUGUGGAUCAAGUGAUUGGUCAAGGAGAAGUGCCAGCCAAGUUAGGGAGGCGUAUUUAGUUCUUGGGGCUCCAAGGUUGUGUCUCUGUGCUUACGGUGGGAGAGGGACUUCCUUUGCUGGACCAUGUAAGGUGUCCCAACGUAGUGGUUUGAGGGUUCAAGCUGGAUGGCUAUUUAGAGGAAAUGAUAAGGGAUCAGAAUUGGAUGCGAGCUGUGAGCACAGUGAGAGAGCCAAUGAGGAUAUUCUGAUGUUUUUCUUUGAGCUCGAUUUGGCCACCCGUGUACAGUAUGCUUUGAAUUUGGAGCAGUAUGAAGUUGCCCAGCAACUGAGAAACCAGUUGACUGAGGUUGAAUCAGAGGUUAUCAAACUCCGAGAAAGCAGAAGAGGAUCAUCGUCCAAGAGUGAAGCUCAAGAUAUGGCUAUAAGUAUAUUAAGACUUCGUGCAGACCUGCAGAAUGCAGUUGAGAAUGAGAAUUACAAUCGGGCUGCUGAGUUGCGAGAUGAAAUUUCCAAACUCGAAGCAAAUUCUUUGGCUGCAUCUGCGAAAGCCCAAGCAUAUGAAAGUGCAAAAUACGCUUUCCGCUUGGGCCAAAAAGUAAAGCAUAAAGUAUUUGGAUAUCGGGCUGUUGUUUGUGGAAUGGAUCCGGCAUGCUGUGAAUCGAAGUCAUGGAUUGAUGGCGCAAAUAUUGACAAGUUGACUCGUGGUCCAGAUCAACCCUUCUAUCAGGUGUUGGUUGACAUGCAAGAAGACCCCAACCUCUUAGUGGCAUACGUUGCCGAGGAGAACUUAGUGGCCCCAGAUCAACAAGACACGGAUAGGUUUGAACACCCUUAUGCUUCCUUCUUGUUCUAUGGAAUGGAUGGUGGCGGGGAUUUUAUCCCGAUUAAACAGCUGCGCGAGAAAUACAACCAGCCUCGGCAUCAGCUCCCCUACGAUCCACUGGACGAGGACAACGGGAAAGACGCGUAGAUGGGAAGCGUUUUUGUGAGAGAAGAUAGAAAGAUCAUAUCCCACAACCACGUCAUGAAUUGGAAAUUGCUUGAUUUGUCAUGUUGAGAGUUGCUUCUCUGCUGUCAAUAUCUUGGAAUUGGAUUCCCUUAAUAUAAGAUCAUAUUGUAGACAAGUUUCUCACGACACCAGCCUUGUAUUAACGAACUUGGCAAUUCAGUAGUAUUAUUUGUAUGUUUAUAA